CGCGGCGAGUUCAGCUCAGUCUUUCAGGAACUCGAUAACAAACAUAGCACCAACUACAAGUCUGUAAAGGACACCGAGCGCUAAAUAAAACGAGAAAAAUUGUGACGUGUCUUUGCCUUUCUUGUUUUGGCUUCAUCUCCGUUAUUGCUCCAGCUGGCAAUGGUUGGAGAAGCUCAGCUUGAGUUUCGGAUGCCAACUUUUCGGAAGUCUGACAACAGUGGGGAUGAAUUAUUUUCUUGGGCAGGGAGGCAACAUGAAGUUUCCUUUAAACUUCACUUUCAUAUGUUGUGCAGCCUCGGUUUUCACUUCUUUGUUGCCAUCUUGACGCUUGCAUGUAAACCUUCAAAGAAUCGGUCCACCCCGCAUUCUACGCAUCCCAUUUCUUCAACAAGAUUUCUUUGAACUUCAAAAUCUAUAACACCAAAGGACAUGUCUCUACUCAUUUUGU